AGAUAAACAUAGAGAAACACGGUUGACUCUAUGCAGUAGUCUCUAUGGAUCAAUGAGUAAAUAAUGUACCUAUGCAAGCUACAAAUUGAUUUUUGUGAAAUUUUUCUUUAGCGGCAUGAAGACCUUGCAGCGGAGUCGUGCUAUCAUAGCAACAGGAAUUCUCGGUGUCAUAGUGUCAACGUACGCCCUGUACGUCGAGAUGGCAGCUGAAAGUAAACCUGGAUAUAAGGCCUUGUGUGAUAUCUCCGAGUACGCCAGCUGUUCCCGAGUCCUCACCUCAGAGUAUUCCAAGGGCUUUGGGAUUAUCCCCAAGGAGUCGGCGUUGGAAGUGCCGAAUUGCAUUUAUGGAACUUUGUUCUAUUGCUUCAUGAUAUUUUUAGCUACUUUCGACCACAUCGGUGUUAUCAGACUUCAGUUGAUCCUGGCCUUCGCUGCAUGUACCUCAAGUGUAUAUUUAGGUUAUUUACUUGCAUUCGUUCUGCGUGAUGUGUGUGUAGUAUGUAUUUCAACUUAUUUUAUUAAUGGAUUGUUAUUUUGGUUGGUAUAUAAAAAGUAUAAAUCAUUAAUGAAAAAGACGAAAUAGAAUAAGGUAGUGAGCGCCAUCUUUAGUAGAUUUAAGACAAAGAAAGACAGUGCCAUCUAGUAAUCAUCUUGUUAAUACGGGUAUCUAUUCUUGCUUUAUUAUUGCCAUCUAGUGUCGAGUAGCGACAUAGAAACUUUGUUGUCAAUCCAUAGAGGGCAUUGAAAAUAAAUAUAAACUUAGUAGUUAUUGUAUUUUGUAAAACUUAGAAACUUUUUAUUGCUAAAAAAAUCCAAUGGUUGUUGCGAUAAAUGUUUAUAUAUUUUAUACGCACACACAUAUGUGUUAAAAUGUAUGAAAAGUGUUUUUUAUUAUUUUGUUAUUAAUAUAAAAAUGAAAAUAAAUAUCAUUCCAAUAUACGUAGAAAUAUGUUUUUAUGAAUUAACCUUUGAAUUACUCUAGCCUAUU